AUGGCUUCAAGAUCUCAGAAUCAGAUCAUCCCCGAGACGCCGGAGGAUGAGAUCAAUAUUUCCGGUACCACGAUCUUACCGUCCGAACCCGACACGGACCUGGAUCCGGAGAUGAUGAUCGAUGUUCUUCCAGGCUUGGCACGCGCGGCUGAGGAUAUGCUCGAGUUCCUCGUACCCAGCUCUGCGGAAUUGGCUACCAUUGUCAAUCUGGGCAAGGUGCUGAGUGAUCCCCGCAACACGCAAAGCAAGCGGCUGGGUCGGCAUGUGUCCAAUCUUAGACGAGAGGCCGAGUACUUUGGCCAUCAGACGUACAUCGACGUCGAACUGGUCAAUCAUCUUUUUGCAUCAUCGGAAACAGUGGCUGAGAAGCUACAAGGACUGGAGCAUCAGUGGAAUCCAGACCCAUUCUUGCAGAAAGCCAACUGUGCGCAGUUUGCGCUCGAGGUCCUCCUGGCCAGACCUGGAACGAACACGUCUCCGAAACAGGCAAUCCGAAUCCUUGAUGGGGUCUUUCCUCUGCCUUUCAUGAACAACUUGGUAUCGGAGAGCCAGAAGCAGGCUGCUGGAGACAGUUCCUUGGAGAAGGAAACCUUUGAUCUUGCUCUGGAGCUUCGCACUCAAUAUAUGAUUAUGCGACUGGAAGAGGAGUAUCGGCGCGAUCCCGACUGCGAUCCUGUCAUGGUGCUCGACGACGGCUUCUACAUUGAGCUAGAAACUGACGACGAUGCAUCCGAGCCUGUUCAGCUGGUUCUCCGGGGCUUUCAAACGGAAGCCCUGGCGGGUCCCAACGGAGAGGUUCCCGCGAAGUAUGCAGGCGAUGUAGAGUACCGGUGCAAAGAAAUGCAGGUCCUUUGUAUGACGGAAGACAACAAGCUCGAUCUUGAGGAGCUCAAGAGAGAGUACGGAUGGCGGAAAUUCGUCGCACGAGCCGCUCAGUGGGUCCGUAAACGGAGUGACGAAAUUGACAAAGAUAUCAUAGGUUUAAGAAGUGUUCGAGACGUGCAAAACGCGUUUUUCGCCAGACCGAAGACGCGUCAUAGUUUAGGCAGCACGGUGUCAUCAACUCCGAGGCUGAGAAGCUCAGCAACACCGUCAACUGCUCGUCGCCUGACGCAAUCUAUCUCGGGGACUGCCACUUCGAGGAGGACCUCUGCAUAUGCUGCUGCCAUUACGCCUUCGCUUACCCGAAACGGCGUAAGGACUGUUCCUGGCAGUGUGGUCUCAGAGCGGAUUGCGCGCUAUACUGCUACACCUUCGAGCCUUCGAAAUGAGACCCACACCGUACCCGAAACUCAGCACGGGGAGAGACAUCCCGAAUGGGACUCUGCGAGUCCCGAGGCCCGCAGGUCAAUGCAGUCCGAAUCUCCUUUUAGAUCGUCUACAAGACCCCUCCAAAGGACCAGUGAAUCCUCAGUUGAACGAGAGGUUCAUCAAACUGUCGCAAGCCCAGAGACUGAAAGUCAGAUACAUACGGAGACUCCAACACGAUUGUCUGUAAGUAAUCAGCAGGCUGAGAGCUUGAAGGGCUCUCCUCAGCCGGACGUCGACCAGCAAGCCGGAGACCUGGUCAGAGCCAACUCGAAAUCUCCUGAGCCUGACAGGUCUCUCUCACACUCACAUCCGGAGCCAGUGCCUGAAGUCAGUGGACCAGAGAGCAAUGUUCCAGGUCCGGUUGAAACUCCUGAGGUUAGCAACGAUAUUCAGUCGAAUGGUUUCAAAAAGUCUCUCCCUGUAGACCGAGAACGGAGGAGAUCGUUCAAACCAAUCUUUUUAAAUGCGGCAUCCAUCCAAAAUCUCAUGCAACGAAAACAGCAGCUCAACGCUGGGGCUGAAGGGCCUGAAGCUCCUCGGCAGUCGGAGCCUGCCCGGUCAACAACCCCCUCAAAACAAGAGCAGUCCAUCGUGGAAAAAAGUUCUGAAGUUCGUCAGCCGGAAUAUGGCCAAGCAACACACCAGUCUCAAAAGGAUAAUUCAACCUCAGAAAAGAGUCCAGAACCUCGCCAGCCGGAAAGUAUCCAGGCAAUACAUCGGCUUGAAAUGGGGGACUCUACCCCAGAAAAGAGUUUAGAAAUUCAGCAGCCGGAGGUUCCGAGAUCAGAUAUACCCGAACUAGCCCCGGAAGAGCCCUCCGAGACACGAGCGUCUCCGGACAUGACUUCUACAUUUGUGCAGGACGAGGUUGAAUUUGAAGUGACCGAGGGCCAGCUAGACAUCGGUGACCCCGGAGAGUCUCAGCUGGAGAGAUCCCAUAGUCCUUCCUUUGUUCGAAAUUCCCGUCCGUCUUCUCUCCGAGAGGAGGCAUUGCAACGAUCCAGCCGCGACACUGCAAAGGACCCAGAAGACGAUGUCGAUGAGGCAUGGAAUAUGUUCAAUGCAGGAACUCAGCGGUCUAGAACUGCGCCUCAGAGCUCACGUGCUUUGUUUAUCGAUCACCAGACUAAUGCCGAGCGCGUCUCUCCCAUCAGUCAAGGGCUGGAUCCUCGAAGCGUCGAGCGCAGACGCACGGAGGUAUCUCGCAAGCGUAGACGCGAACCUGAUGAAAUCCCCGAAAGCGAUGCUGAAUUUGAGCGCGAUGACCGUGAGGUUUCCGUGGAGCGUCAGCGAGCUAGGAAGCCGAUUCAGCCACGCAGCAAACGCGCUAGAACUGAAAGACGGACAGAAAGUACCGCUGAGAAUCCCAGCAAUCGCCCUCAAGAGAGACACGUUACCCCACUUCGGAGGUCGACUCGAUCCAGUCAUCCGCGAGUGUCCCCUGACCAACCACUGGCUUCGUCGCGGGUCCCUUCUACUCCUAAACCAAGAAAGCAAAGGCUACCGAAGAUAGUCUGGAACGAAGGUGAGAAUAAGCGACUGAUCCGACUGAUCGAAGAGUUUGGACACAAGCGAAGGGGCACAAGCUUUGACUGGAAUGCCAUUCUGCGUGAGAACCAUGUUCAGCCUCCGCUGCCAGGUGAAAAACAGAUCGAAAACCGCAACAACGUACAGAUAAAAGAUCGGGCUCGGAAUAUGAAGAGGGACUUUCUUCUUAAAAAGCUCCCACUUCCCAGAAACUUUGACGCCGUCACUCUUAGCGCCAGCCAUAUCGAUGAUCUGGCUAAGAAAGGGAUCCAUGUCUCUCGGUAG